AUGUCUCUCUGCAAGCACUGCGUUUCUGGCGUUCGUCACGAAGGCACGCCCGAGGGCCAGACCAUCCUGAUCGGCGGUAUCGAGACUUACGUUGCGACCCCAUCCACCGACUACCCCAAGGACAAGGCAAUCCUCUUCCUCAGCGACAUCCUUGGCCUUAAGCUGCAAAACAGUCUGCUGCUCGCGGACGCCUACGCGCGCAACGGCUUCAAGGUGUACCUGCCGGACCUCUUCGCGGGCGACGCGCUGCCCGAGGCAGAGCUCAACAGCGGCGAUUUCGACCUCAUGGGCUGGCUGGGCAAACACCCCGCAUCGGAGAUCCCGGACAUUGUGCGCCCCGUGCUGAGCGCGCUCAAGGCGGAGGGCGUCACGAAGAUCGCCGCGGUCGGGUACUGCUACGGAGGGCGGCCCGCGUUCGACCUCGCCAUCAGCGGGGAGGUCAACGUCGUCGCGGUCUCGCACCCGUCGCUCUUGAAGAGCCCCGAUGAUCUCGAGACAUACCUGGCGAAGUCGAAGGCACCACUGCUGAUCAACUCGUGCGAGAACGACUUUCAGUUCGGAAAGGACGCGCAGGCGAAGGCGGACGAGAUCCUCGGAGACGGCAAGUUCGCGCCCGGAUACGAGCGCACAUACUGGGAGGGCUGCACACACGGCUUUGCCGUCCGUGGUGAUAUUAGCGACCCGAAGAUCAAGGCUGGGAAGGAGGGCGCGUUCAAAGCGACGGUCGAGUUCCUGAUCAAGCACUUGUAA